AUGUCUUUUUUCAACAAACCAGCCGCUAGUGCACCUGUCUCAAAUUCACAAGCUACUGAAGCUGAUUUACAAAAUGAUAUUAUAGUACAGAAUCCACCUGAAGAUUCUAUAUCAGAUCUUGCAUUUUCACCACAAGCUGACUUAUUAUCUGUUUCUUCAUGGGAUAAAAAAGUUAGAAUUUAUGAAGUCUUACCAACAGGUCAAACAGAAGGACGUGCUUUAUAUGAACAUGAUGCUCCAGUAUUAACUACAAGAUGGACUUUAGAUGGUACUAAAGUGAUAUCAGGUGGUGCUGAUAAACAAGUUAAAUUAUAUGAUAUUCAAAGUGGACAACAACAGCAAAUUGGUCAACAUGACGCUGCUGUCAAAGCUGUUCGUUUUGUUGAAUGUGGUCCAACUAAUACACAAGUUGUUGUUAGUGGAUCUUGGGAUAAAACUUUAAGAUACUGGGAUUUAAGACAACCACAACCAGUCAGUACUAUACAAUUACCUGAAAGAGUCUAUGCUAUGGAUGCUGCACAAAAACUAUUGGUUGUUGGUACAGCUGAAAGACAUGUUUGUAUUAUCGAUUUGAAUAAUCCACAACAAAUAUCCAAACAAGCAAUGUCACCAUUGAAAUGGCAAACAAGAUCAAUUUCAUGUUACCCACAAGGUAAUGGUUACGCUCUGGGUUCAAUUGAAGGUAGAUGUGCAUUCCAAUACAUCGAUGAGCAAGAACAAGCUAAAGCAGGUUUUACAUUCAAAUGUCAUCGUCAAAAUGAAACUAAAGCUGGUAGAACAGAAAGUCAUAUAUUUUCAUUAAACUCCAUUGCAGCACAUCCAGUAUAUGGUACUUUCGCCACGGCUGGUUCAGAUGGCUGUUUCCACUUCUGGGAUAAAGAUGCUAAACAUAGACUUAAAGGGUUCCCAUCUUUAGGAGGUACAAUUUCUGCUGCUAACUUCAAUAGAAAUGGUUCAAUUUAUGCGAUUGCUGUGUCGUACGAUUGGUCCAAAGGUCACACAUUCAACACUCCACAACUUCCUAACCUAAUCAGACUCCAUCCUACAAAAGACGAUGAAGUCAAACAAAAAAAGAGACGUUGA